CGGUUAUUGUUGCAUCAGCAUCUCAUUGAGACCUGUGGCCAUGUCGAGCUCACCGGAGACAGCCUUUGAGUUUGGCUCCUUGCUGCAGAUUAACGAGGAGGCCGCGCUGACGGCGGCCCUCAACGACUACCUGAGCUCACGCAGCUACCUGGCGGGCUUCGGCCCCUCCCAGGCCGACCUGAGAGCCUUUAGGCUCCUCCCGCCCCCCGCCCCGCAGCACGUCCACGCUCUGCGCUGGUACAGACACAUUUCCGCCCUGCAGCAGGACCUGAGUGCAGACGGCAGCAUGAAGGGGAAACGGGUCCAGCCUCCAUGGUCGCCACCGGCGGGAACAGAAGUUCCUCAGCUGCGGCUCUACAACAGCCUGACCAGAACCAAGGAGCCGUUUGUUCCCCAGAAGGGCAACAAGGUGACAUGGUACUGCUGCGGCCCCACCGUUUAUGACGCCUCACACAUGGGACAUGCCAGGUCCUACAUCUCCUUCGACAUCCUGCGGCGGAUCCUGAGGGAUUACUUUAAGUAUGACGUCCUCUACUGCAUGAACAUCACAGACAUCGACGACAAGAUCAUCAAACGGGCUCGGCAGAACUUCCUCCUGGAGCGGUACAGGGAGAAGCGGCCGCAGGCGGCUCAGAUCCUGCAGGAUGUCCUGAACGCACGAGUGCUGUUCCGGGAGCAGCUGGCCUCCACCACGGACCCGGAUAAGAAGCAGAUGUUGGAGCGUCUGGAUGCCGCCGUCGCCGCCGCUCUGCUGCCCCUGCAGGCGACGGAGAGCAACGCAGCAGCUGACGUGCUGCAGCCUCUGGCUGAGGUUUUGCUGGAGAACUCGAAGGACUUGCUGUCCGACUGGCUGGACAGGCAGUUUGGAAGUGAAGUCACAGAGAACUCCAUCUUCUCCGUCCUGCCGAAGUUCUGGGAGGGGGAGUUCCACAGAGACAUGGAGGCCCUGAACGUUCUGCCUGCCGACGUUCUGACCCGAGUCAGUGAGUACGUCCCGGAGAUCGUGGAGUUUGUGAGGAAAAUCGUCUCCAAUGGUUACGGGUACGAGUCCAACGGGUCCGUCUACUUCGAUACCCAGAGGUUUGAUUCCAGUCCACAACAUUCGUACGCCAAGCUGGUCCCAGAGGCUGUGGGAGACCAGAAGGCACUGCAGGAAGGAGAAGGUGAUCUGAGCAUCUCAGCAGACAGACUGAGUGAGAAGAAAUCCCAGAACGACUUCGCUCUGUGGAAAGCCUCGAAGCCCGGCGAGCCGUCCUGGGACUCUCCAUGGGGGAAGGGUCGGCCCGGGUGGCACAUCGAGUGUUCAGCCAUGGCCGGCUCCAUCCUGGGAGAGUCCAUGGACAUCCACGGAGGAGGCUUCGACCUGCGCUUCCCCCAUCAUGACAACGAGCUGGCCCAGUCCGAGGCGUUCUUCCAGAACGACUGUUGGGUCCGUUACUUCCUGCACACCGGCCACCUGACCAUCGCCGGCUGCAAGAUGUCCAAGUCUCUGAAAAACUUCAUCACCAUAAAGGACUCCCUGGCGAAGAACACAGCGCGCCAGCUGCGCCUGGCCUUCCUCAUGCAUUCCUGGAAAGACACGCUGGAUUACUCGGCCAACACCAUGGAGUCGGCCGUCCAGUACGAGAAGUUCAUGAACGAGUUCUUCCUGAACGUCAAAGACAUCCUGCGGGCGCCGAGCGACCUGACCGGACGCUACGAGAAGUGGGAGGCGGAGGAGGCGGAGCUUAACAGCAGUUUCUACGACAGGAAGUGGGCUGUUCACCUGGCGCUGUGUGACAACAUGGACACUCGCAGCGCCAUGGAGGAGAUGAGGCUUCUGGUCGGCCUCAGCAACAGCUACAUCGCCAGCAGGAAGAGCGCCAAGCUGAGGCCCAACCGCCUGCUGCUGGAGAGCAUCGCCUCCUACCUCACCGCCAUGAUGAAGAUAUUCGGAGCCAUCGACGGAUCCGAUCCCAUCGGUUUCCCAGUCGGAGGACAAGCUGUGGAUCUGGAGAGCACGGUGAUGCCCUACCUGGCGGUUCUGUCCGACUUCAGAGAGGACGUCCGGAAAAUCGCCCGGGAGCAGAAAGUGACGGCGCUGCUGCGGCUCUGCGACGCCGUCCGGGACGACACGCUGCCGGAGCUGGGCGUCCGCCUGGAGGACCACGAAGGUCAGCCCACCGUGGUGAAGCUGGUGGACAAGGAGACGUUACUGAGGGAGCGAGAGGAGAAGAAGAAGAUGGAGGAGGAGAAGAAGCGGAAGAAGGAGGAAGCUGCCAGGAAGAAGCAGGAGCAGGAGGUCCGUCGGACUGGCCAAAUGAAGGUCCCUCCGUGUGAGAUGUUUCGCCUGGAAACAGACAAAUAUUCCAGGUUUGACGAGACGGGUUUUCCCACUCAUGACGCUGAAGGAAAGGAGCUGAGCAAAGGCCAAGCCAAGAAGCUGCGGAAGCUGUUUGAGGCUCAGGAGAAGCUCCACAGCGAGUAUCUGCAGAUGAACCAGAACGGGAACUGAGUCCGCUUCCAUCUGACGCAGCUUCAGUCGGGAUCAACGAACCGUUUUAUUCUCCUCCACAAAUGUCUGAAUGUGUGGAAGAAGAAACGUUUCCUCCAUCAGCAGAACCCAGCUGCGCCUGCCGCUUCGGCUGGGAUCCAACUCAUGAACUUCAUCUGUGACGGCUUCCAUCAUGCAUUCCUAUCAGCCGUUCGUUCAUCCAUUCAUUCAUUCAUCCAUCCGUCUGUAAACGGAUUCAAACAAACUGCGACGCCGAGUCUCCAACAGGGGAAAACUGAAGUCAGGAAAACCUGAGAAGCUUCAACCAAACUGGAGGCAAAAAUGUUCAUUUGUGCUGCUUUGAAUAUGUCAAUAAAGGUUUAAAGGUCAAAAGGUCAACCAGCCAGCCCACAUCACUCAAAUCAAACUAAAUUGGUGUCAAUGUUAUGUUUGUGCUGGUUUGUGUAGCUAUCAUAUAAAAGAUGUUAAUGUCUCCAGAGGUCAUCAGAGGUCAACCAGGGGAAGCUCACAUUUUCAAAACCAAACAGUUUUUCUGGUUUGUGUCGUAGGUUUUUUUUGGUUUUGCCACUAUCAUUUUAAACAUAUAAAUACAUGUUUCCAGAGGUCAUGAAAGGUCAACCAGCUCCUCCA